CAUGCGCACAUAACUUGGUAAUUAAGCAAUAGAAAGGAAUACAGUGAAAGCCAAUGUACAGGCGGACGUGUCAAAGAAAACAGCAAGAAAAUCCUUAAACCCUGUACAUCUGCAAUCCGAUGGAAGCGCAAGGAAGAUUGAGCAGGGCUGACGAGUUCAUGGAUUUACCAGAAGCCCUAAUUACUCGGAUUUUAUGUCAUUCGGCUCCGAAAGACAUAUCUUCUACCUCUAAAACAUGUAAGUACUUGAACAAGCUUAUCAACUCUCCUGAAUUUCAGAAAGUCUACCAAGUGUCUCGCCACAAAAGAGGCUGCAUAAUCACAGAUAACUAUGGGUCGGAGUGCCCUGAACCUCUGCUGUACAUUUACGACAUAAUUUCUCUCCAAUGGAGUACAAUUGCUGUCGCAAAAUUAUGCCCUUCAAUGUUGAACCCCAAAAUGGUGUCCGCUUCUGGGGGCCUUAUUCUAUUCUUGGCUAACAAAAGGAGAAGUUGUGAUGAUGGGAGGGGGCUGUCGGAGCAGAGGAAAGAGCUAGUGGUUGUGCAGCUCUUCACAAAAGGGACCAUCAUACUCCCAGACCCUCCCUCUCCAGUGGUUUUGUCGUCUGAGAUUGCCAACAAUUGUUUAAUCGAAAUUGUUGUGGACGACAUGGGUUCUUCAUAUAAGGUAAUUCUCUUUGCACCUAUAUUAAUGAAAGAAGUGUUUUGGGUUUAUGAUUCUUGUACACCAGCUUGGAAGCAGGUAACUCUUUCAGAUACUGGCUUUCCUCUUAGGGGUCUGAACCGAAUUGUGUCCAGAAGAAGUGUUUUGUACAGAGGGGUUCUGUAUUGGUUGAUUGUUGGUCUGACGGGUGCCUCUUACUUGAUUUUUUAUGAUACCCAAUGCGAUGCCCUGCGUAGACCAAUUCUUUGUUUUUCUAGGGCUGAAACAUCUAGCCUGUGUGGAAUCGCUGUCUGUGGUGGUAAGGUAAUUAGGGUUUCCAAAUACAGCAGAGGGGAAUCGGGGCUUUCGGUCUCACAGCUCAAUGAGGAGAAUUGUGAUGAUUGGGAACCCCUGUUUGAAUCUAGUGUGCCCAACAUUGGGUGCGAUGUGUUUUGUGAGACUGGACUUGGGAUGGCUGUUUGCAGCAGUGCAGAGGAGGAAAAUAUGUUUUGGAUGCUGUGUUUGGUUUCUAAGGAAAAGGAAAUAUAUGGACAUAAGAUGCUUGGAAGGCACAUGUGGCUUUUUGCUUGCAAUCGGAGAGAUGGAAAUUGGCAACAACUCAGUCCUUGCACUACUGGUGAAUGUGAUGACAAGUAUCACUCUGGUGUCACAAACGGAAUUUUUCACCGCCCACUUUCACAAGCUAAGUGGAUGAACUUCAAAUUCAGUGGACCUAUUGGACCUAUUUGAUCUAUUACAGAGCUCCAUAUUUGAGAAGAUUGGCACUAGUUUCCAGAAUUGUUGGCUAAUUUUCCCUCUUCACUGAGAACAAGCUAAAAAUAAAUAGUACAGAUUGGUUUUCACGAAAUAGUUUGGGAUGUUCAUUGUUUGAGAUUGUCAAAUAAUUUGUGCACAUCGAUUUUUUUUAAGAAAACCCACUAAUUGGCGAGAUUAGUUUCUUAGACAACUGGUAGAAUUUACCUAAUUAAGCAACCUUGGUCCAUUCUAGUGCUUCCGGGCUUUGACAUGUGUGGAAAGGCUCCAAUAUUUUGAGUAUUGGAAUUUUCUAGUCUUGAAAUGGGAGAAUUUGAUUUGUCGAAACAAUGAGAUUGUAUAUCUAACUCUUGCUGACUUUAUGGUGUCAUCGUGGGCUUUGUUCA